AUGAAUGUCCCAACUACAAGAAAAGACCUCAUGAUAGUCAAUAUGGGGCCUCAGCACCCAUCAAUGCAUGGUGUUCUUCGACUUAUUGUUACUCUGGAUGGUGAAGAUGUUAUUGAUUGUGAACCAAUAUUGGGUUAUUUACACAGAGGUAUGGAAAAAAUUGCGGAAAACCGAACAAUUAUACAAUAUCUGCCUUAUGUAACACGUUGGGAUUAUUUAGCUACUAUGUUCACAGAAGCAAUAACCGUAAACGGACCAGAACAAUUGGGAAAUAUUCAAGUACCUAAAAGAGCCAGCUAUAUACGAGUAAUUAUGUUGGAGUUAAGUCGUAUAGCUUCUCAUCUACUAUGGCUGGGACCUUUUAUGGCAGAUAUUGGUGCACAAACUCCUUUUUUCUAUAUUUUUAGAGAAAGAGAAUUAAUAUAUGAUCUAUUUGAAGCUGCUACAGGUAUGAGAAUGAUGCAUAAUUUUUUUCGUAUCGGAGGAGUUUCAGCUGAUCUACCUUAUGGUUGGAUAGAUAAAUGUUUUGAUUUCUGCAAUUAUUUUUUAACAAGGGUUAUUGAAUAUCAAAAACUUAUUACGCGAAAUCCUAUUUUUUUAGAACGGGUUGAGGGAGUAGGUAUUAUUGGUAGAGAGGAAGUAAUAAAUUGGGGCUUAUCAGGACCGAUGCUUCGGGCUUCCGGAAUACAAUGGGAUUUACGUAAAGUUGAUAAUUAUGAGUGUUACGAGGAGUUUGAUUGGGAAGUUCAAUGGCAAAAAGAAGGAGAUUCAUUAGCUCGUUAUUUAGUUCGAAUUGGUGAAAUGAUGGAAUCCAUAAAAAUUAUUCAACAGGCUUUGGAAGGAAUUCCUGGUGGGCCGUAUGAAAAUUUAGAAAUUCGCAGCUUUGAUAGAGAAAAGGAGCCAGAAUGGAAUGAUUUUGAAUAUCGAUUCAUUGGUAAAAAAUCGUCUCCGACCUUUGAAUUGCCAAAACAAGAACUUUAUGUAAGAGUUGAGGCUCCCAAGGGAGAAUUAGGAAUUUUUCUAAUAGGAGAUCAGAAUGGUUUUCCUUGGAGAUGGAAAAUUCGUCCACCAGGUUUUAUCAAUUUGCAAAUUCUUCCUCAAUUAGUUAAAAGAAUGAAAUUGGCUGAUAUUAUGACAAUACUAGGUAGCAUAGAUAUCAUUAUGGGAGAAAUUGAUCGUUGA